UGCUGGUGUAAAAUGUGUGAUCAUAUAACAUUACAUUACUCGCUGGUUCAUUAUUGGACUGUUUUUUUAGUUGCAAGACUCGUAAAUGAUUGGAUAAUAAAACUAGUAAACAGAAUAUUAUAUUUUGACAAACUUUACUCAAGACUAUUAUUUUCGUCUAAAUUUUGGACUCCAGGAUACAGAUUAUACUUAAUAAUUACAGUCUUAUGUGUAGUAGACUUUUUAUUCUUAAAAAUCUAUCUGAUAUGUUUUGUUUUCUGGGUAUUUUAUAAUAAUAUAAUUAUCACUGUAUUUCCAACAAUGUUUUACUUACCAUAUUUUAUGGACUAUGUUGUGAUAGCCAAUGUAUGUUUCUUUUUGGCACACAUAGGAUGCAGGUUUUACGCUUUAAAUGCGUAUUGGGAGAAAUUUCCUAAAAAGUUAUUAGAAACACCUGGACUUUGGAGUACAGAAGAAAAGAUUAUGGUAAUCGAAUGCUGUCGGUUACUACACGCAGAACUCUGUGACAUUUUGAGAUUACUGAGCUACGCUUACGGACCAAUUAUUCUAGUUUACUUUUUUUUUAUCCUAAAUGAUUUGAUUAUUCUCAUGUUUAUAAUUAUAUUUAUCAAUAAUCCAGAUUUAUCGGUAGUACCUGCUAUUGUUAUAAUUAUGCAGAAUAUAUUCUUCAUUAUUGCUAUACUGGCACUUACAACUUGGACUUCAAACCAGAAACUGAAAAUUAUAUUUUACUUACGCUCAUGUCAAAUAGUAGAUUUACCCGAUGACUUGAUUAUACAGGUUAAAUGUUUUUUAAAACAAGUAAGUUCUUUCAAUACAUAUGAAAUGUCUGCUUUUGGAGUGUUCAACUACGACAUGAGACUUAUACUAUCAAUAUCUACAACUUUUUUCAAAUAUGUAGCAAUUAUGUUACAAAUGAGUAGUCAUAACAAUUUUAAAAAAUUUGUUAAGAACAAUUUUUCGGCAGGAAUUACAACGGAUGUGAAAUUAUAAAGGCAAUUUAAUAAUUUGAGAUAGCUCGUAAAAAGGGGUCAAGUCGAAAUUAUGAAUUUUUCAAGAAUGCAAAAAACUUAUUUUUAUACUAAAUAACUCAAUCAACUCCACAGUUUUUGCGAUAAAAAGAUCUAAUUUACAACUUGUAAUAAAACAAUUUAAUCUUAAAGAUUUAUGAACAUAACUUGAUAAAUA